GCAGUUGCACUUGCAGCAACUCCUUCUGUAACUCGGAGAUAAAAAUGAAACAUAUUUAUCACCGUUGAAGCUUAAGCCUCUUUUUACGAAACUCUGAGCCAAAAAAAAUGAAGAAGAAGAAGAAGCAUUUACAGAACCUUCAUAUUCACUCCUUUUUCCUGCCACCCCAUUUGAAAAUCUUCAAGUAUAAUCUAAGUUUAUUUAGACCUUUCUUUUCCUCUUCAUUACUUCAUAGUGCAUUCUUCAAGGUGCUAAAGCUCUUUGACUUGAAAUUACUCCAUUUACUCCUUUCUUGACUAUUCUGGGCACACACACUGCACUGUAUUAUAGGUUCUUCGCAAGGGCUACAUAUAAUUAUAAGGAUCUGGUAGAUGAACGCCGAGAGUUUUCUUGGCAGCAGAUUGUGUUGCUGAGAAGACAAUGAUUGAUCACUUGUUAUCUCUGCAACAAAAGGAACCUUCUUAUUAUACUGAUGAGCUCAUCAAAGGAAUUGUUAUGGUAUUGAUCAUAGCAGGGACAGAUACAAUGUCAAUAAGCAUGGAGUGGGCAAUGGCUCUUUUACUUAACCAUCCAGAAGCAAUCAAGAAGGUCAAAGCUGAGAUAGACACUCACAUGCCACAGGACCGACUACUAAACGAAGAAGAUGUUCCUAAACUUAGUUACUUACAGAACGUAAUCACGGAGACUCUACGAUUAUAUCCACCUGUUCCAUUUCUAAUACCUCAUCAAAGCUCGGAACAUUGUAAAGUUGGAGGAUAUGACAUAUCAAAGGGGACAAUGUUGCUAGUAAAUUUGUGGGCAAUUCAGAGGGAUCCUAAGAUAUGGGAGAAUCCAACAGAGUUUAUUCCCGAGAGACACGAAGAAAGGAGAGAGGGCGGGUUCAUGAUGCUCCCAUUUGGAACAGGAAGGCGCGGUUGCCCUGGUGCUGGAAUUGCCAAUAAGGUACUUGGAUUAGUAUUGGGAACAUUGGUUCAGUCUUUUGAGUGGGAAAGAGUAAGUGAAGAAAUGGUGGAUAUGACUGAAGGUAGAGGAUUUAGCAUACCAAAAGUGCAGCCCUUAGAAGGUGUUUGCAAACCUCGACAAGCAACAAUUCAGCAUUCUCUGAUUCCUUCUUAAGCUGGAUUGGACUAUGGAUUUUAAAACCAGCUGCAACAACCUAAUGUGUGACAAAUGUUUCGUAUGUUGUAAUCUUCUUUGUUUUCAUUUGAAUGUUAAUGACCUUUGAAUUAACAUUUAUGCCCACCUGAAACACACUAUCAGAUUUCUAGUU